CCAGGGCUGCAGCCUCCCCUCCAGGAAGGACUCAAGGAACUGAGAGACAGGAGGGAGCAGAAGCAGCUCCCGGUGCGGGCGGGGUGCAGAGGUGGAAGAGCAGCCCACUUGGGAACCCCAAACUUCCCAGGCUCAGCCCCUCCCCGCUGACAAAAUCCGAAGGCAGAGAAAUGAAACGAGUGGUGGGGAAGGAGGAACGGGAUUGAUUUCAGCGAGGCCGACAGCGGGAAGAUAACGGAGCAGCAUCUCAGAGACGUUUCCCAAGCGCCAACAAUACCUGCAGGAGGGUCUUCCUGGACCCGGGAGCGGACCCUGGUUGCAGUGAAGCCAGAUGGGGUGCAGCGGCGGCUCGUUGGGGAUGUGAUCCAGCGCUUCGAGAGGAGGGGCUUCAAGCUGGUGGGGAUGAAGAUGCUGCAGGCGCCAGAGAGAGUCCUUGCCGAGCACUACCAUGACCUGCAGAGGAAGCCUUUCUACCCAGCUCUCAUCAGCUACAUGACCUCCGGCCCCGUGGUAGCCAUGGUCUGGGAAGGCCCCAACGUGGUCUGUUCCUCGAGGGCCAUGAUAGGACACACCAACUCAGCUGAGGCCGCCCCCGGCACCAUCAGGGGGGACUUCAGCGUCCACAUCAGCAGGAACAUCGUCCACGCCAGCGACUCCGUGGAGGGGGCCCAGAGGGAGAUCCAGCUAUGGUUUCAGAGCAGUGAGCUGGUGGACUGGGCAGACGAAGGCCACCAGAGCAGCACCUACCCAGGCUGAGCACCCGGGCUGCCCUCAGCCACCCAGGAUCAACUACCUCUGUCGACAAGAACUUGAGCCCACACCCGUGGUCUGCCCUUCUGUCCCAGACCUACUCCCUGUCUACCUCCUGCCCCGCCCCAGUUCAGAGAGGCUGGACAGCUAACUUUAUGUGCCUUUUAAUAUCCUAAGCCAGUAACAACUCGGGCCAAGUCCUUUCUGUACCCAAGUGCCAGACAGCCUUUGGGGCAUCUCCCAAGAGUGUGUACUAUGACCUUCCCCCAAAACCGGGGUGGGAGGGGGCGACAUUAAAAUUCACUGUGUUGUGUA